GGAAAAGAUGGCAGCCUCUAGCGGCGGGUUUGUUUUGCUACUGAUGUUUUGUACAUUUACAAGCCAGGUAUGUAUUGAUGACCUAGCUGAAAUCGAGGAAUUAUUUGAUGCUGAAUCCCUCUGAUGCAGGGAAUUGAAUAUUCUUCCUUUUUGAUCAGGGAGCUGGACAAAAUGUCGGUCAGUUGGGCGUUCUUCACAUUGAGGGAAACGAAGAUUCACAGGACUUCUGCAUCGCCUUUAAUGAGGAGUGGGUUUCUCUUCCUACUCAUCUGGAUAGCACGGUAAAUACUGAUUUUUUUCAAUAAUUCUAUUCUCUUGAAAAAAUUCUGCUUUUUCUUAAAACAUGAAUCUGCUCAUCUUUGGGAUUUUUUCAAGACUUGUUAAGUUGCGAGGUAACGAAAGUAACAAAGGAUUAUUUAUUACAUUCGAGUUAUUUUGUGUUUGUUUGUUUUGAUGGCCGUUUACUCCGGUUGAAACCAUGAAGCCUCGGGAGAACUGUUUUCGUUCCUUUUUAUUGCGCUGUUGACAGAUGGGGGUACUCUUGUCUUCUGCAAUUGUCUGAUGCUUCAUGUUGUGAAAUCCGGAAUCGCCUUCAAUACAAGUUUCAUUAAAUAUUUAACUCGUGGUAUAGGAGCUUCUAGUGAUUUUUCAAGCAGGUGUUGCUGUCUCCCUUAUUUCAAGCAUUUGUCAGUGCAACAGACUUCUUAGAUUAUUUGAGCGGACAACAAAAUCACAACUUGAUUUUUUUUCCUUAAACUUGUGAAUUACAUAAUUAUAAAAGAUAAUGCGCGAGUUAAAGUAAACCCCAACCCUCUCUUCACCCCUGAAAUUGUGUAGCCUUCUUUGGAUUAAAUACCUUAUUGGCAGCUCUUCAAGUAAAAGAUAAGUGGAGUAUUUGCAAAUUUUUUAAACUUCUGCCUAAGUUGGGUUUUCUCUGACUGUUGUAUAAUAAGAGUGAGAAUAAUGAUGAUGAUAAUGUUGCUAUUAUUAUCAGUAGUAGUAGUCAUAGUGUUAUUAUUAUUAUUAUUAUUAUUAUUAUUAUUAACAAUAAUAAUCUAAUUACUGAUAAUGGUGAUGGUCAUGAAUGAUAAUAACUAUAAAUUUGGGAGUUCUUUUUCCAUACAAUCCACUAACACAAUGUUGAUCUUGUUCAUAUUGUUUAUUAAGGACUUGGCUGUCAUUUCUUAUGAGACUCAUUUUUAUUAUGCCUUAAAUCUAAUCUAUAAAGAGCCAGCAUUUGAGUGUUGCAAAAUUGUUUUUGCUAUUAUUGUAACUGUUAACUACCUACAUAUAUGUUUUUCAGCCGAAGUAUCCUUUGGUAGAAGCCAAGCCUUCAACUCUUUGCAAGGAACCACAAAAUCUCUCAGAGAUAAAAGAUGCUGCUGUAGCAAUACAAAGGGGAAACUGCACAUUGUUUCUAAAAGCUCUGUAUUCACAAAAUGCUGGAGCAAAAGAAGUAGUCAUUGUCAGUAAUGAUAGUUUGGUAAGUGAAUUCAGCCAGGCACAGUCAUGCGCAUGUUUGUGAGGCUCUCAUUGCAAGUAUGUGAGCAUGUAAAGUUCAUCAGUGAUGACCAAAAAACAUUAAGUUCUUCUUGACAUAAAAAGUUCAGAUGUCCUUGAAUGAAUUACAUAUUAAAAUUGUAAGGUUUCUAGCAUCCGUACUAGAAUUAACUUCAAUCAUGAGUCAGAUGUAUUACUUGUUUUGGUCUAAGGUCUUCUAAAAAGGUUAGAUUAUGUUUAGGAAUAAACAACUUAAUAAAAGUAAACUUAAGUACCAAUGUGAUUCUAAUUUACUCUAUAUUUAUGAUCAUUCAGUUCACCCCAGUUGCCAAUUCAUCAGAAGAGUAUGCUCAAGUAACAAUUCCUAUGGCUGUGAUUAGUCAUGAUGAUUGGAUCAAAUACAAAGAUAAGGUUGGUCAAUAUGUUGUUCACUCUUCUCUUCAGCAAAUUAUCAGAGUUUAAAAAUUUGCAAUGUUGUGGUUGUGGACAGGCUUUCUCCAUUCCAUUUAAAUUUAUUUUCACAAUAAAAAUCACAGGCUUAACCCUUUUUUCCCAAGAUCUGACAUUCAUUCUCCUGCCUAACUGCUACUUAUUUCCUUUUAUAUUAGUUACAAGAAUUUGGGUUUACAUGAAGGGAAAAAACAUCCUCUGCCUGAUAAGUUUGAGUAUUCUUAUUACCUAUUUGCCAGAUAAUGUACAGAUAUUAAAGGGAGAAGUUUCAUGUUACCAUCACUUCGGGGGAUCAAGGGGUUAAUUAAACUCCUAAGUCAAAAGACAGUAAAAAACAUGACUCCUAAUUUCAAGAGCUCACUAAUAGUCCAAUUUUACAAUGUCAAUUUAGUGAGUGAAAAGAAUGAUAAAUUAAAAUACAUGUACAUGUAUAUCAAGAUAGCCUCUAAGCAAUAUGUUGUAAAUUUUUAUGUAGGAUUUUGGAGGUGAUGUCAAAGUGCAGAUGUAUGCUCCACCCACUGAUUUAGUGUCUAAUAUUGACGGCAAUUUGGCAAUAUUGUGGCUACUUGCUGUAGGUACUGUGGCUAUUGGAGCUUAUUGGGCUGGUAUUACAAACAAGAAAAUCAUGUAAGUUGGUAAAUAUCCGUUUAAAAAAAAUCAUAAUUAAUAUUGAUGCCCACUUAAUUGUUUAAGUUAUCGGGUAUUUUCAAUAGUUAUAUUUUACUGAAGAGUUGGUGAAGUAUCUGGAUGGUCAUUUUUACCAGGUGCUACUAGUAACCUUGUAUCCAGUAUUAGAUCAGUGAAUUAGCACAUGAUCUCCACAUCAUUUAGUGUGUGGGUGAUAAAAGGAUGAAAAAAAUUAUGUAAUAUUUGCAAGUAAUUUGAAUCAAUUCUGUUCUGUCAAGGGGAAGCAUGUUAAGAGGCAAUACUAACACCAGUGGAGAUGAUAGCCAAGCUAACAGAGAGCAUGGGUCUGCUGGAGAGGACUCUUUUGAAGUGACUCCUCUGUCGGUUGUUGUAUUUGUUCUUCUGGUUUGUGGCACUUUACUGUUGCUAUACUUCUUCUAUAAGUAUCUGGUGUAUGUUGUGAUUGUUGGCUUUGCUCUGGCUUCCUGUUAUGGAUUGUACGAGUGUCUUCAUCCUCUUGUUUUAUGGCUUCCUCUUGGUAAGUAAUAACAGCAUUGUGGUGAUGUACACUGUAAUUCAUAUGCAGGGGUGGGUUGGAUACCUUUCCCCUCCUCUUAGCUUUGUAAAAAAAGCAAAAGGAAAUCUCUGUAAGUUAAUGGUUAGCUAAUAGAGUCAUGUAUUUUAGUCUCUUUUGAUCUCAUUAAUCUUGCAGAUACAUUGUAUGGAAUGUAAAGCUCACUUUUUGAUUUUGUAAAUAUUUGAUUUUCACUAUGGCCCGUCAGAAUGUUUUACUAAAUAUCACCGGGAGGUUUAAGGUUAUAUAGAGCCAAUGAUAGGUCUUUGUCAGUAGUUGUUGAAUUAAAGGAAAAUAUAAGUGACUUAGUGGCAGUCACUUGUAGCUUUCUGUCUGACUGAUUGAGCUGGUAACACAAGAUUCCAAAGCCAAUCUCACAGGACAGUCAAGGUUUUUUUUUAAAGAACAUGUAACUAUCAGUUGAAAAUAGUCCAGACCAAUAAUCGGAUAAGAUGCUGUAGUUAUUGUUUAAAGCAUCAAAAUAGUUUUAUUAGAUAUAGAUGAUAUAAAAGCUUUUCUUUGAUUUUCUUUUUCAAUUUAGGAGAUUGUACAGUCCCAGCCAACCAGAUUCCACUUUUGAAAAAAGAGCUGCAAAUAAGAACUGUCCUGUUAAUACCAUUCUGUUUGGCCAUUGCAAUCUGGUGGGGUAUUGAAAGGAAUAAGAGGUAUCUAUUUCCUUGAAAAUAUCUUCUAAGUCAAUAUGGUAAAUUCAACCCUACAUGUACCUCCAUGUAAAUAUAAAAAAAUGGCAAAUAAUGGUAGAUUUACUGCGCAGUUAUAGUACAGGUCCAGUUAGUUUUGAAUUGAAACUAACAUUUACUAAAGCAAAAAAAAAAAAAAAAACGCUUAUUCUCUGCAAUGUAUUUUGUCUUUCUCUAGCUAUGCCUGGAUACUCCAAGACAUAUUGGGUAUAUCAUUCUGUAUAAGUCUGAUGAGAGUCAUCAGAUUGCCAAGCCUGAAGGUUUGCACACUGCUCUUGGUCCUUCUUCUAAUUUAUGAUGCAUUCUUUGUUUAUAUCACACCACUCUUCUCUGCUGGCAAGAGUAUCAUGGUUGAAGUUGCAACAGGUAAAUGUUUCUGUUACUCAGUUUGGAAUUUAUCUACAAGUGGUUGGGUGGGAUGAUCCCUCUUUCACAUAAAAGAAACAAGGGUGCUUAUGGGAUAAAGGAUAUGAAAUGAAGAACUAAGAACAAUCUUGUCAUCAAACAAAACUCCUUUCAAAAUGGCUCAGGCCUUUAAUGCAGUAUAACAGCACUUUAUUCAUUUAUUUUUUUACUUUCUCAUAUUUUGGUGCUUGCACUUAUCUCUUCAACCUUUGAAUUCCCAAGAUCUGAUUGUUGAUUCUCCCCUCCAGUUGCUAAAAAUUUCCUUUUAUAUCAGGUACAAAAUUUUGGUGUUGAAUCAAGACAAAAACUUCUACCUGAUAAGUAUUUUCAUUGCCUGUUUGCUGGAUGUAAAGAUAUUAUAGGGAGAAGUUACAUGUUGAUCACUUCCAGUUUAUCAUUAAAUCCACUCACUUGGCACUUGACCUCUCACAUAUGUUUCUCUUUCUUUGCUAAGGUGGUGACAGUAAAGAAUCAUUACCAAUGGUAAUUAAGGUGCCUCGACUCAGAAUGUCAGUGUUAUCUGUGUGUCUGAGACCAUAUUCAAUCCUGGGAUUUGGAGAUAUCCUAGUUCCUGGUAAGCUCAAUUUUUACCAAUAAUGAGAAUAUAUUUUCCUUGUUGUCAGGUUUUUUUUAAGAUUUUUUUUUUAAACACUUGCAUGUAGGAACCAGCACACUAUAUCAAUUCUAUGUUAAGUAUGUGAAAUGGCUUUUAACAUCAUAUCUACAAAGGAAUCCAUAAUGUCUCCAUUCUAUAGUCAAGCACAAGAAUGUAAUUAUCAAUUUGUAUUUUGUGGUUAAGUUUUGUCCAUGUUCAUCUUCUUUUUCACAUGGUUGUUUCUAGUAACUAGUUUGAAACAAACAAGAAAAUUUUGAACAAAGGACACAAACUUUCAGUUUCAUUCCUGGAUCCAAGAGGUACAACAUUGUAUUAAAUCAAGUGGCAUUUAGCAAGUUGGUAGUUUCAGGUCCAAAUUUGAAAAUCACCUCUUGUGGCUAUAAAGCCAAAAGGAGUAUGAACAAAAGGACUGUUUUUGUUGUUGUUGUUGUUGUUUUGCAACUAAGUCAAGAUUACUAAAUGAUGUUAAAUUUUAUUUUUAGCCCUCUACAUCAGUUUCUGUCACACAUUUGAUAUCAUGACAAACACUCCAUGCAGGAUUUAUUAUGUUGCAACUACUGUAGGUGAGUACUUAAUCAGUAAAUCGAACUGACUUGAAUAAUUUCAAUUUAUUAAUAAUUCAAUUUUUACUCCUGACCAGCUUUAGUGAACAUGUAUUGAUCACUCAGUAUAAUUGUUGUUUUACAAUAUAUGAUGGUUUUAAAUGUUUGAAUGAUUUUAAUUAAUGAUUAGUGGCUGAUUUCAAGUUAAAAAAUGGUCUGAAUGGGAGCUCUUUAUAGUUAUAUAAUAAAUUAUAUAAAAAUAUUGUUCAGUAUCUUGUUUGUAUUUAUCUAUUUAAAAUACAUAUUUUUUUGUGGUUCCAGCUUAUGCUGUAGGUUUACUCAUCACAUUUGUUAUGUUGUUUGUGAUGGAGCAAGGACAGCCAGCCUUGGUGUAUUUGGUCCCAUGUAUUCUGAUAACUGGUGUUUUUAUUGGCUGGAGACGCGGUGACCUAAAGAAACUUUGGAGUGGACAAAUGGUACUUUACCCCCCCCCCCCUUGCCUGUGUAUGAAUCUUCUGCUGUCUCUUUUGGUCACAUCUUAUUUUUUUUUAAUAGUCUUUGGCAUUUUUCUUAACAAGGAGAAAUUCUAUACUUGAUUUUACCAGGUUUUACUCAAAAGCUGAGCAGUUGUUGUUUAUAAAGUUUAACUUAAGUGUUUUAUAACAGGUUAAUACAUUUUCCUUUGUUUUGUUUUGAAAUGCUUUUCCAUGGUCCAUAGACAAAGAAAAUUAGUCAAAUCAAACUAGUUUAAAAUCAAUUUAACCUGAAACUAUUUUCAUUGACCACAUGUAGAAAUAGUUACAAUGAACAAUCCUAAAGCAAAGUUUGCAUAAUGAUGGUAGUACUUGAACCUUUUCAGAGGUUUUAAUUCAAACAAAUUUAAGAUAUUAACUAAUCCAAGUUGUUUUAACUGUUUUCCUUCUUCAUCAUAACACUCUGUGAGGCAGCCAGUCUGGUAUUAUAUUCAUGUUAUUUUCAUAAAGAGAGGUUUCAGAAAACAUUUCAAACCACUGUAGGGCAUUUUAAUUUUUCUGGAAGUAUGUUUUGUGCAUUGGGUGUUUGUAUAUUCUGUACCAGAAAUUUUUGUGGCCUAGAAUGACUAGGAUUUGUUAGGAUUUAAUUUCUUUUAGUGUUCUUGUUUUUCUUUGAUUUUUUAACUGUGUUCAUUUUAUUGAUAUUAGCAAUUUUCCCCAUCUAUUUGCAAUGUAUUUUGUAAAUGUACUUGUUUAUUUCUUUGCUUGUUUGUUUGGUUUCUUUGUAUGUUUAUUUAUUUCCAUUUGUUUUCUCAGGUUUCUGAAGAUGUUGGUCAAAAUGAUGAUAGUGAGGAUGAAGAAUUUAAUCAGGAAAGUUUAACUAAAAGGCUUAUAGAUAAUGAAAACUAGAAGCAGUCAAAUGUCAAUCAUUCAAUUUGUUAUUGCUAUCAAUUCAUAGGUAAAUCAGUGAGAAAAAUAUAAUUUAUUUAUAUUUUUAGGUAGUUAAAGUUAUUUUGCUAGAACUGGUUGGUAUAUUAAUAGCAGGAUUAAUUUUGUAUUAAACAAGAUAUCAUAAUAGUGGCAAUUCCUUUAUGGGCAUAUGUUUCAUUGUACGUUGUGUAUGAAUCAUGUGUUAGGUUUGACCUACUACUGAAAAACAAUUUUUGAUUUAAGAGUGAAUUUGUUAUCAUGGUGACUUGCAUGGAAAAGUAAGUCACAUAGUGAGUUAGUGUUCUUUUGGUACAACAAUGAGAUCAACUGAAAAAAUUGUAGCCAUUGGUGAUCAUGAGAGAUUCAAUCAGCUUUAACUUAAAGCACUAUUUUGAUAUCAGGGAGUUGAAAUGUCAUUUGAUAACUUUAAUUAAUAUGAUAUUACUAAAGAACACUGUAAUGGUCCCAGAAACAAGCUAAAUUGGAAUUUAUUUUUGUACGUUACUUGGAUAUGUUGUCGUCAAACUGAUUUCACAAAAACAUUUAAAUACACAAGUGGCUUUCAUCACUGGCAGGAAUUGAAUUUUGCCUGCUACUUAAACCACUCUUGGCUAUUAUAGGAUGCUAAUAAGUUUGCUGUAAUUUUCCUAAGUUCUAUAUAUGUAGUUAUUGGUAACAUUGUCAUAUAAAGGACUUCAAACUUCCUUCCCAGUCCUCAUCUAGUAACCCACAGUGUAUAGCACGCCAGUAAAGGAUUAUUGAAGGAGUUACUGGAAAGAGGCUGGAUCAACAAGAUAAUUUUUCAUGCAGCCUACCUAAAUAAAGCGGAUAUAGGCAUGGUGGUGUAAUUAAAAAUGGAGUUAGGUUUGGUACAUUCUGAGGAAUAAUGCUUGUGAAAUUCUGCUGAAAGAGAUGAAUUAUUUUUAUCAUUAGUGGUAGAAUUGCAAAAAAUUAAGUUGGUAAGCGAAAAAGCUACUGCACAUGGAUGUGAAUACUUACUUCCUAUAGCAGUGGCCUGCAUUUAAUACCUGUCCUUUUGUCAGUUUUUGUUCCAUUCUUUGGUUUUUCUCUAACUCCCCCCAUUUCCCUCCUGUGCAAAAGUAAUUUCUAAGUUCUUUAACUAAAUUUCAACAUGUACAUAGACUUUAUGACUUAUGAAUAUCAAUAUUAUUAUGAACUGCUAGCAGGUAUCCCUAAGCAAAAGAAUGAUGAGAAUCAAUAUAUAUAUGUUAUUCACCAGCCAAGGUUGGUCCAUAUUGGGAAAAACUGUCCCCAAGGUCUUAGAUACUGCCCGAGGCCUACAGCCUCAGGCAGUACACAAGACAGAGGGCACAGUUUUUCCAGUUAUUUUUUUUCUUAAUCCUAACAAAUGGUUGCAAAAAGAACCUGAAUGAUAAAGGGCUGUAAUUAUGGCAAGAUUCUCCAUAAACAGAAAAAUUUAUGAGGGAGUAGAUGGUAGAGAAAACAAGGGUGAAGCAAAUGAAAGAGAGAGGUUUCAUCAAAACAUAUUUAUUUGCGCAAGGAUAUUAAAAGGUGAUUUUAAAGGCUUCCAAGAAACCUUUAAAACAUUUUUCAGAUACUGCCCGCUGUGAGCAGGCCGGAUGGGGAGAAUACUGCUCACUCUUGGAACCAAUCAGAUUGCAGGAUUUGUGGAAUACUGCCUACUCACGAACUGAGAAAAAAAUAAACGGUGUUCAUCCUUUUCUAAAACUGAAGCAGGGAUUUGUAAACCAUGUAAUUUUAUAUUGGAAAGACUUUCAGUGCCUAUAGUGUCUUUCCUCUCACCCCUCUGAGAGCAGAUA